GGAAAAUGAUAUCUUUAUCAACAUGUUAGUAUGUCUCAGAUUUUGUUUUCAUUUAAUUUUGGACAUUUAAGACGUUUAAACAAUAAACAUGUACCGUAAACAGAGGCUAAAUCAAAUGAAUCAAAGCGAAAGGCGAAUAAUAUUGGUCGGGAAAACUGGCAAUGGGAAAAGCUCAACAGGAAAUUCCUUAUUAGGAAAAGUCGCAUUCACCCACGAAAUGAGCCCAAACGCUGUCACAGAAAUGUGUGAGAUGCAGUCUGGCACAAACGCUUCUUAUACCAUAAGAUACACAGUUGUAGAUACACCCGGUCUGCUGGAUACAGGAAAACCUGUAAGCAAGAGAGCACUUGAAAUACACCAUUCAGUUGAAAUCUGCAAAAACCCGCAUGCUUUCUUGUUAAUUUUUAGCGCUAAAAAUCGCAUGACGAUCGACGAACGGUUUACUAUAGAUAUGCUACGAAUUAUUUUUGGAGAAGAAAUAUUUAAACAUGCUAUUGUUGUUUUCACGAACGGGGAACUGUUUCAAUCAGACGAGGAAUUAAAGCAAUUUUGGACGAAAAAUAAGGAGUUUGUGGACCUAAUAAAACUUUGUGGAAACCGUGUUGCUAAGAUAGAGAACAAGAAUGAUUUUUACAGCGAAAAUGAAGACGCAGAAAGUAUUCUUCAGAUGAUUGAAGAAAUGACUGAUAACGGAAAAAAGGUUUAUAGCUACCCAGAAUUGAGCAUUCACAGGCAAGUUAUUGAAGAACAUUCAAAAAGCUACAAUGGCAAAGGCGAUAUUCACGAGGAAGUGUCCGAAAUGGUUCAACGAUUAGGAAAGAAACUUGACAGGAAGACGUGGAAAAUAAUGUUGUAUGGUGGUAUUUUAAUUGGAGGCGGGGCUAUGGGAGCAGGAUACUUAGCUGGGGCAGCAGGGGCAGCUAACGCCGCAGCCGCAGCAGGUCUGGGUGCAAGUAUGAUGAAUGGCGCCGUUGCGAUAGGUGGCGCUGUUGCCAGCACAGCUGCAUCAGCUGCUAAUGCAGCGGCCGCGUCUAGAGUUGGGGCUGCUGUGAUGAAUAACGGCGCUGCUGUAGGUGGUGCUGUCUUAAAGACAGCAUGGAAUGUUGCAACCAAAGUCAGGUUUUGGAAUGUUUCACAUGUUUCCUUUGAAUCCUACCAGAAUUUCAACUUACUAGCUAACGAUGAUGUUUUGGUUACUAUUGCACUUCGAACGGCAGAAACACCAUUUACAACCGCUGUUUCCGUGGCAUCAUCUGAAGAUGCAAUCAUUUCAACUGCAGGUCCAACCUGUGAGAUGCGUACCGCCUACCUGUACAACCCGCCAAACACACUACAAUUUGAAACAAACGCGGCAAUGGAGAGAAGAAUUAUACUGAUUGGUAAAACUGGCAACGGCAAAAGUUCAACAGGAAAUACUUUGCUCGGUACAUCUGCUUUCAAAACGGAUGGUGAUCUGAACCCAGUGACAGAAACUUUACAGUUGCGGAGUUCUUACAAUGAUACACACAAUUUGAAGUACACCAUAUUAGACACUCCGGGGUUAAUGGACACUACAGUGCCUUUAGGGGAACGAUUGUUGGACAUUCAACGGUCAGUAGAGUUAUGUCCACAACCCCAUGCCUUCCUGUUGGUAUUUAGCUCCGUCACCCGCAUGACAAAAGAUGAAAAAUACACUAUCGAUGUACUUCGGGUUACUUUCGGCGAGAGAAUGUUCAAACAUUGUAUUGUUGUUUUUACACAUGGAGAAGUGUUUCGUUCAGACAAGCAUUUUGAACGUUUUUGGAAGCAGUCACCAAUGAUAGAAAAGCUUGUCGAAAGGUGUGAUGGUCGAAUAGCAAGAGUUGAGAACGACGAGGAGUUUCAUCAUGAAAAAGCUCUUCGUGAUUUGAUAGAAAAUAUGUCUUGCAAAACAUAUCAGUAUUCAUGCAUCGAAGAGCACAAAAGUGUAUUGCGAGCACACAUAGUAAAGUACGUUCCUUCUGGGAAUUUACUACAUGAGCUAUCAGUGCUAACACAUGCGCUUGGCAGAAAGCUUAGUCCGAGUGUGUGGAAAGUUAUGCUCGUUGGUGGAACAAUUAUCGCACUAAGUGCUUUGGGAGCUGGUGCUGGUUAUGGGAUCCUAGAUGCGACUGGAGAAGCAGUUGGAAUGGCUCUUCCGGGACCAUAGCAGCAACCGUAAUUAAUAGUGUCGCAGUAGCUGCUGGGGCAGUAUGGUCGUUGGCCUCUAGAGUAAAGUUCUGGUAGAAAUAAUACUGAGCGCAUCGAACAUUAUGACAUAGAAAUGUGUAAAAGUAAAUCGGUUGAACGCUAUUGUAGAAAAUAUGUGCAUUAUAGUUGAGUUUUUAAGAGGAAGGUACAUCUUUUUACAUGUGUGGUUUCCUUUGCCAUUGUUUACAAACGCUUGAAUAAUAUUCUUUUGAAUAAAAUACACAGUUUGAUAAUUAACAUUGCAAUGCAUUUGUACAAUGAAUCAGCCAUAGUAACAUCAAUUAUCUAUUUUAAUGAUUGGCUUAGUUACUAUGCCUCAUUAGCACAUUAAAAAUCAUCUUUCUUUUUUAAUUUGCAGAAAAAAAUUACAAAAGACCUAUCAGUUCAGAGAAACUCUGUCUCUUACGUACUUUACAUUUAAAAAAAGAAUGCUAUUGUUUGUACUUUAAGAUCGGUAUUAACCACACUGGGUCAUAUUGCAAAUCAAUUAAAAUGCCAAAGUACUAUGUUAGCAAUUCACAUCUUAAUUUCAUUUUAUGUAAGUUUGACACAACUUGGUCACAGUCAACAUACAACUACAUAUAAGAUAAAUAUAAUGCAACUAGAAGCCCAAGGGACAACGACUUUAUUUUACACCUAGUUAAUGCCGUUGUGUUGUAGAAUACGUGUAGAAGGAGGACGCUGUUAACAGAACCGUGCUUCGACAAAACUGAAAAUGAAUUUCAUGUUCUUGCUAGAUGUCUAUUGUAUAGACUUAUAUUUAUCCUUUUAGUAUCUUUUUUAUGCCCCCGAAGGGAGGCAUAUAGUUUUUGAACCGUCGGUCUGUCGGUCUGUCCGCAAUUUUCGUGUCCGGUCCAUAUCUUUGUCAUCCAUGGAUGGAUUUUCAAAUAACUUGGCAUGAAUGUGUACCACAGUAAGACGACGUGUCGCGCGCAAGACCCAGGUACGUAGCUCAAAGGUCAAGGUCACACUUAGACGUUAAAGGUCAUUUUUCAUGAUAGUGCAUUCGUGUCCGGUCCAUAUCUUUGUCAUCCAUGGAUGGAUUUUCAAAUAACUUGGCAUGAAUGUGUACCACAGUAAGACGACGUGUCGCGCGAAAGACCCAGGUCUGUAGCUCAAAGGUCAAGGUCACACUUAGACGUUAAAGGUCAUAUUUCAUGAUAGUGCAUUGAUGGGCGUGUCCGGUCCAUAUCUUUGUCAUUCAUGCAUGAAUUUUAAAAUUAUUGGGCAUGAAUGUGUACCACAGUAAGACGACGUGUCACGCGCAAGACCCAGGUCCGUAGCUUAAAGGUCAAGGUCACACUUAGACGUUAAAGGUCAUAUUUCAUGAUAGUGCAUUGAUGGGCGUGUCCGGUCCAUAUCUUUGUCAUUCAUGCAUGGAUUUUAAAAUUAUUGGGCAUGAAUGUGUACCACAGUAAGACGACGUGUCGCGUGCAAGACCCAGGUCCGUAGCUCAAAAGUCAAGGUCACACUUAGACGUUAAAGGUCAUAUUUCAUGACCAUGCAAUGAUGGGCGUGUCCGGUCCAUAUCUUUGUCAUUCAUGCAUGGAUUUUAAAAUAACUACGCAUGAAUGUGUGGCACAGUAAGACGACGUGUCGCGCACAAGACCCAGGUCCAUAGGUCAAAGGUCCUAAACUCUAACAUCGGCCAUAACUAUUCAUUCAAAGUGCCAUCGGGGGCAUGUGUCAUCCUAUGGAGACAGCUCUUGUUUCCAAUUGUGUUACUAUUACAUAUGGUGACAAAGCCGGCAAUGAAAUUGUAAAUAGUACGGGGGCCAAUAAGGUCUACCACGAAUAAGGUCCCCCCGAGACUUUUUUUCAUAGGUACCAAAUUGUUCGGCAGGACCAACUCUUUCAAAAUAAAAAAUGUUCCCAUGAAAAAACUGUUUUGAACUAUAUAUGAUUUCACUGUAUCCAUGGCAACUGUUCAUUUUUGAAAAGGACAACCAUAUAGAUGAUAAUCAGUCAUAUCUUGGUCAGUGUACGUGAUAAAACAAUAAAAAUGGUGACAAAAUAGAGCUAAGACAUUGGUCUUUAAAUAGCAGCAUUUUUGCUUUAAUUAACUAAUUUGUAUAUUCAUGAAUAUUAAUGAGAAUGUUACAAAAUGAGAAAAUUUUGUUUAAAAAAAAAAGCAUUUUCUAAGUUUCAAAUCAAUUGAAAUGUAACAAACAGCUUUGGUCUGGUCUUAAAGUCACUCAGUGUGUUUUAAUAUAUUAUUUCGUUACUCUUAUGAUAUUUUCUUUUACUCCAAACUGGAAUGUGCUCAGCUAAUUUGCAUAAAAUGAACCAGUGCCAUAAACAACGAAUUCAAUUCUGAGACCACUAGUACUAAAACUGAAUAAAAUGAUAUAAUUAGUUAUUAUCUAAGAAAUAACAAUUUUUAUGUGGUCUAUAAUGUUUGCAGACAUCGCGUUAACACUUUAUUGAAAGAAGAAUAAAAAUGUAACAUACAUUACACAUGUUACGUUACCAUUUCAACAACCUUGUUGUAUUGCAUCAAUUAUGUAGAGAAUAUUCCAGAAACAUAAUUAAUAUUACUUAUUUUGUACUAUAAUAAUACAAUAUGCUUUUUUAUUUGUCAGACAGUGUGAUAUUUUUCCGUAACACACUUUAAAAUACGUUACCACUACCAUUGCUUUUAAAAAGAUAUUUAAGAAGAAAUCGAAGCCUAAAUUGUCACAUACUGAUUUAUUUAAAUUGUUAGUGGUAAGUUUUAAGAAGGUUUUCUUCUAUUAUUUCAGAAAUUGCCUAAAAUAUGUAUUGCAACAUCCAUGUAACUUUAAUUUUAGAUGGAAUUUCAAUAAAACAUACAAUAAUAUCCAUCUGUGCGUUCAUAAUAUUAUGAUCGUACUGCUUAUAUGUGCAGUCGUCCUGUGAGUAAAAAGUAAGUUUUAUAACAAGUAUUUUUUUUUAAUUUUAGAAAUAGUAGCAUUAUAAGAACGAAUACAAAACCAACCCUAGCUCGAUAGGACGAAUCAUAGGGUAUUGAGUCAGAUAUCUGGAUGAGGCCUUUGCUCUCCAUGACGAUUCAAUAAAGAUAUUGUGUCUGAAGUCAAAAGACUUACACCUGUAUAAUACGGAGAACUUAGCACUGAGUAGUUCCGGUACUGAAUCCAGGGACACUUGUUAGGUUAACUGCUCAACAUUACAUGACUGAAUGUCUGUUGCAAAGCGAUGCUAAACCAAAACUAACAAACAAAAGAAAAUAUGCAGCUAUUUAAGUAAACAGAUUUAAAAGUUUUACCAGGUUGACAAAACUGUUUUAGUGACACCAAAUCAAGAUAUAAGAAAUAUAUAAAACUUUACAGAUAUGAAAUAAAGAAAACUAUUGUUGUCAUUUUGAAACAUUCACAAGUAUGACAGAAUGUACAACAUAUUCUUUUAAUAUUUUAAAUUUACAGACAAUGACUAAAUUGUGUUAUGUGAUGGAAUAUUCAUGGAUAUACCGGAACAUUAAGAGAAACACUACUAAGAGAAGCUAUACAUCAAUCAUAACAAAUAAAGUUUGGUUAUCAAUUAAGUUAGGUACCAAAGGUUAUGACAAAAGCAUGACCUGUCUUUGUCAAAAGUUCAAACUGUAGCAAGAAACUCGAGAGCAUGAUACAAAUUGCUUCUGAAUCAAAGUGUUAUCAAAUGUCAUUCAUAAAAGAGUGAUUUUGAGAGCCUAUGAUCUUCUUUUGUCAGUUACUUUCUAUUUUUAUAAAUAAUCUGUUAUAAAGCAACAUAUUAUUCAUAACACCUAACCAACAAGAGAGCAAAUAUGCUGUAAUAGGUAACAUUACAGUGAAAAUAUUGUAAGUCACAUCUUAAUCAAGACGUGCAGAAUGUGAUUUUCUUGUAACACUGCUGCCUCAAAUUGUGUGCAGUCCAUAUUUUUCAAACAUUUCAUGUAAUUUUAGAUUCAGAUUUUAACUAAUCCAUACAAUUUUACUAUUACAGAACACUGUUUUAAAAGCUAAUGCUAGGGGUGUGAGGGCAAUUUCACAUUUCACUACAUCUAACGAACGACACAAUCAAAUCAAAUCAGCUGUUAUUUUGCUUGGUUGUGUUGUUAUGCUUCCAGAGGAUCAUCUUAAAAAAUAUUUGCUAUCACAAAAAAGUCUUUAAGUGCCAUGUGAUGUUUAAAAAUGUCUCCUCGUACUCGGUUUCAGUGUUGUUAAAUUUUAUGGCCCUUUUUGAUCAUGUUUCUUCACUUCAUUACCUCUCAUAAACAGACUUGAUCCAACUGAGUUUGCUUUUUUAUUUGCUUGGUUGCGUUCUUUGCUUCUAAAGGAUCUUCGUAAAGUCAAUUGCAACAUGUUUUCAGCAACUCUGAAGUGUCGUUCAGAAGGCACUCAGUAUUUUCCUAGAAGUUUUGAAUAGCAUGAUGUAAUUGUUUUCUUAACAAUUUUGGUUUUCAAACACUUAAUAUUGUUUUUGCAAUUUCAUAAGUUUAAAUCUUAAGAUUACUAAAAGUACCUGAAUAUUUCAUUUUGUUUUUUAGUUUUUGUUCAGUGCUGCUUUUCAACAGUGAAUAAUUUAUUAAUAGGCCCAUAAAUAUCUCAAUACAAUAUAUGUUUUCCUCAAACUCAAAAACAAAAAAACAAAAAUAAAAAAAAUAAAGCCCACCCGCUUAGCUCAGUAGGGAGAGCGUUGGUCUACGGAUCGCGGGGUCGCGAGUUCGAUCCUCGGGCGGGGCGUAUGUUCUCCGUGACGAUUUGAUAAAAGACAUUGUAUCUGAAAUCAUUCGUCCUCCACCUCUGAUAAUUCAUGUGGGGAAGUUGGCAGUUACUUGAGGAGAACAGGUUUGUACUGGUACAGAAUCCAGGAACACUGGUUAGGUUAACUGUCCGCCGUUACAUGACUGGAAUACUGUUGAAAAACGGCGUUAAACCCAAAACAAAACAAACAAAACAAAAACAAAAUGCUUUAUUUCUCACGUAAAUAACUGCAUAGAUACACUUCACAAUCACACAAAACAAGAUAAAUGUUCCAUUAUAAAAACAUUUUCCAUGAAAGGCAGCCACAAACUGUAACCCUAUUAUCAGUGUAUGGAUGUUAGCAGGGAUUUAUACGUAAUUAAUGUAUACAGAAUAUAUACAUAACAAUACAUAAUCAAUGUAAAAUGUAAUUAUUGACAACAAUAUUGAAACCAUCAAAUAAAAGAACAACAUAUUUAAGAAACUGAUAUUUGUAUAAUUAAACUGAUAGAUGCAUUAAUUCCAAAUGAAAAAGGAACAUUGAAUGUGUAAUGAAUGUUUCAGAUGAUUUCUUGGUUGACAAAAGUAAAGAAAGAAUGUUAGAAUUAAUACUUUAAAGUUUUAACAAAUCAAUGAUAUCAUAAUAUUGAUAACAAUGAUUCAAAUUUCUUCCUACAUAUUUGUAAAUACAGCAAAAUACAGUGGUAACGUAUUUUAAAGCGCAGUUAUGGAAAAAAAAUCUCAGCAGUUGUGGAAAAAAAUUCAUUGUUUGAGAAGUAUGGAACUAUACUAUAUUUUGUAAGAGUAUUUAAUAACUUGAUAACUAAAUAUUCCUGUGCUAUUUUCUGAGAAAAUAACGAUACAAUAAAACAAGAUUACUGGAAUGGUAACGUAACAUGUGUAAAGUAUGUAAUAAACAGAUUCCUCCUUCUAAUAAGUAUUUACACUAUAUUUUCAUAUGAUAUAGCUCAAAUAACACAAGUUUAUUGAUUACAGUUUAUUUCAUCAUGUUGUUCAGUUUUUGUUAUAUCUUGUUUCCAGAGAUGUCUGUAUUAGCAUAGACUAGUUUAUGCAAAUUAGCUAAGAUAUCUAAUGUAGAAAAAUUAUUUACCUUCAGAGUAACAAAAAACUAUUCCAGAAAACACUGAGAGCCAUCAAAGCUGUCUGAUCCAUAUUUUCUAAAUAAUUGAUGUAAUAAAAUAAGGUUAUUGAAAUGGUAACGUAACAUGUGUAAAGUAUGUUACAUACUGAUUCCUCCUUCAAAAAGGUGUUUAAACUACAUUUCCAAACAAUAUAGUUCACAUAAUUGUUAUUUUAAUGAUAACAAUUAAUUAUAUCAUUUUAUUAAAUUUUAUUGGUAUCUUGUUUCCUGAGACGGUGGUUGUGGAUGUGGUUACUUUUAUGCAAAUUAGCUAAACAUACAUAUUUUGGAGUUACUGUAAAGAAUUUACCAUCAGUGUUAGAAAAUACUAAUUUAGAAAACACUAAGAGACUUCCAGAACAGAUCAAAACUGUUUGGUACAUUUAAAUUGAUUUAAAACUUGUAUAAAAUUUUGUCAUUUUGUAACAGUCUCAUUAAUAUUCAUAAAUAUGCAAAUUAGUUAAUUAACAUAACAAUACUGCUAUUUUAAGGCCAAUGUCUUAGCUCUAUUUUGAUACCAUUUUUAUUGUUUUAUCACCAAAACUAACAAGAUAUGACUGAUUAUCAUCUAUAUGGUUGUCCUUUCCAAAAAUGAAUGUUUGCCAUGGAAACAGUGAAAUCAUAUAUAGUUCAAAUAAGUUUUUUCAUGGGAACAUUUUUUAUUUUGAAAGAGUUGGUCCUGCCGAACAAUUAGGUACCUAUGAAAAAAAGUCUAGGGGGGAUGCAUGGUAGACCUUAUUGGGCCCCCACCUAUAAAACUUUAGGUAGUUCUGCACGUUUGAUAAACUGGAAGUGAUGGCGUAACGUCAUUUAUCGGGAAAACGGAGAAUAAAGCCUGGAUUCGGCGUACGAAAUAAAAAUUAUUCUAAGAAUACAUGACAACCUGUGAGUAAUUUAAUUAAAAUGUCACUGUUACUAUAUUUCAGAAGUCGAUACAUAUGACGAUUUAAAUAAUUCAAAAUAAUAUCCCAAAAUUAACGUAAAAUAUCCGGUUCACUUUUUUUUAAAUGAUAGUCAAAAUCUCAAAAAUAAGCACGCGGACCUAUAAAUUUUAUUUCACUAUAUUAUAAGCCAUAUGUUGAUUUACAACUGUGACAAGUUUCAUCAAAAUGUACAUUGUAGAAAAAUUUCUAUUCGCGAAAAUAUUAUGAAAGUUAUGAAAGUUAUGAUUUUCCCAUAGAUUCCCAUUGUAAAAAAAUGUGUGAGAUCCCCUUUUUUUCAAAUAAGUCUAGCAAACAAUCAAGCACACGUCCCUAUCAUUUUUCUUUGCUGAAUUUACUAGGUAUAUUCUGAAGUUUUGAACAAUCGGAGUUUAAUCCUUUUCUAUAUUGUAGAAAAAAAUCGAUUGAAACGUGCAGAACUACCUUAACGAGACAGGUUCAUAUUAACUAUAUAUGAUAUAGUAUACAUGCGUUUUUGUUGAUAUAUUAAACAUGCUCCUUGACAUAGUUUUUGAUUUUUUUUUUGUCUUAUUUCAUGUAACUUCACUACACUUUCCUCUAUCAGAUUCCAAAAAAUGAAUUGAAAAGUUCAAAUAUAAACUAUUUAUUUGAUGAAUUUCCAAGAUAAACAUUACAUAUUUGGCACACCCUUCUCAAAAGAACAGCCAGGCUAUAAAUUUAGCCAAGGUAUUUCUUCUAGACCAUCAGCUGAGCAAAUGAUUUCUUGAAUCUCAAUAAUUAUAGUAGUGUGGUCAUCCAAGACUCUAAAGGAAGCGCCAAUGGGAGCUAUAUUGCUUUAAAGUAACCGAAAUUAUUUUGCUUUUGUUCUUUCUUCAGAAAUGUGGACAAAAAACAUGCUAAAGCAGGUCACCCCUCUACUCUUUAAGACAAUACUGGUCUAUACCAAUUUAGUCUUGAUUUAAACAGCAUCUUAUUUAUCAUAUGUUUAAAACUCAUAACUCGUAGUGAAUGGUGUUAUAUGUAUUAUAUAGCAAACUGUACAUGUUUACACCUUUUACAUUCUGUAUUAUAUAACAGAUGUGAGACUUUAAUAAACUCUAUGUUUGUUGGACUGUC